AUGUUAGUAAAUUACAAUGUAGCCUCGAAGCAAAAAAAACAUGGCAGAUUACAACAACUCGACGUACAUUAUAAUAAAUCGCCAUCUGCCAUAAUUAUUACAACAACCACGACAACUGCAACACCAUUAGAAUCAACAAUUCUAACAACAACACCAACGUCACCAAUAUCACCAAUAAACGAUCGAGUACCAUCGAUGACGUUGGAUUAUGAGUCUGAAACAAUACCUCCAACACAGACAACUACAACAACAGCGACCACAGAAUCAACAACAAAGCAUUCAAUGAAUGAUGAAGAUGAAGAAGAAAUAAGUGCCACAUUUACAGUAGCGUUCAAUCGAACAAAACCAAUCCAUUUGACCGAUGACAAAAUAGCGGAACAAAUUCAUUCGUGGUCACCAACACCGCCUUCGACACCACCGCCUAUAAAGUCACCAACUCAUACGCAACCGCCUCCCUCUAUUACAAUUGAAGAGCACAAAGAUAUUGAUGAAGAUGAAAAUAUUGAUGAAGAAGAAGCUGUUGUUGUUGAAGAUGAAGAAAUUGCAGAAGAAGAAAAAGUGAAUGAAAUUGAAGAAGUCGAAGAAGAGAAAACAGAAAUUCCUCUUAUCGAGGAUACAGAUGAAAAAGAAAAGAAGAUUGAGAGUGAAGAAGAAUCUGGUGCUACUGAUGAAGAUGAAGAAGAAGAAUCUAGUACGAGUGAAGAAAUAGAAAAAAUACCAGUUGCAACACCAAGAUCACCAACGAAAAAUGCCAACAAUAAGACUGAAGAAUGUCAAAAAGUAUCAAUUGGUGAAACUCUUCCAACAGUAGCGACCGAAGAAAAGGUUACCGAAUCUCAACAACAACAAUCAUCAAUAACAUCACCAAUGCAUUCACCAAGAAUGCGACCAACAGCCACUUCACCAACAGAUUCACCAACAAGACUACGUGAGAAACGUUCUCUCUUCGAUAUUGAUAAUGCCAAUUCACUGUCACUAGCUGAAAAGCUUCGUAAUGAAGCUAACAAAUACACCACUGAGGAUAUUGGUGAAGAAACUAAAGUACCUCCUACUACCAAUACAACAGCAGUGCCAGUGACAACUACAACAACAACAUCAAAACCAAGUUCUUCAUCUCAUGAUAACAGUGAUAACAGCGAUCGUGACAAUGUUGUUGUAAUGAGAAAAAGUGAAUCGACACCCUCGUCACCUUUGCAUAUGAGUUCGGCGGCUGAAAGACGGCCAUCGUGGCGUCUGAAAUUCGAUAUUGGAUGCAAGUUCAAAUUGGAAGAUGCAUCUAGUGGGACCACAUUUCCGCCCAACAAUAGUACAAUUAUACCAAGUGCGCCAGCGGUAAUCGCUGCCGCCAAUUUGUCAUCUUCUAUCGCACAACGAAGGAUUAACACAACUAACGCAAUGAACACAUCAAAUCAACAACAAUCAUCAAUGAUGAGGCCGGUAUCAGCACCAGUUGGCUCAAUGGGUAGCACGAAUUCAAUUGCUUCACAUGACUCAAGUGAUAGGAGCAGAGACUCCAAUACAAACAAUAGUGAGAAUACAUCAGUGUUAUCAAGAAGGACGACUAAUAAUGGUGAAGAUAAAGAAAACGACAAGGAAAACGAUAAUAGAAGCGCCCUCGCAACACAAGCGGUUAUUCAAAGAAGAAGAAAACCAAAGCGAAGGUCCACUGGUGUUGUGCAUAUUGAUAUGGAUGACCUUGAACCAGAACGACAAGAUUCAGCUGGUGACAACGAAGAAAAAGAGGUGAGUGUCGAUGUUGAUAUACAUACAUAUAUAUAA